GCUCCGGGGGGCUGGGAAGAUGAAAUCGGGCCACGUCCGGGGGAGAGGAAGGGGCUGAGGCUGCGAGCGAGGCAGGGAGCCAGGCAGGCGGCGUCGGGAAGCUGGGCAGGAGGGCAGCGGGGCCGCGGCGGCCAGAGGAGGGCUCGCUCCUGCAUCCCGCGCCCCACAUGCCCCCCGCGCGGGCAGCAGCAGCAGCGGCAGCGGCGGUGGCGGCCGCGGGCACGGGCACCAUGAGGAGUGGGCGGCAUCAGCCUGCCUUGGGAGCAGCCGCCUGGGGGUGGGCACUGCUCUGCCUCUGCGCCCUGCUCCCCGGGGGCCACGGCACCUCUUGGAGCUUCGGAGGAGCCGCCCAGUUCUCCCGCCGCAGAAACUGGUGCUCAUACAUAGUGAGCCGGACUGUUUCCUGCCACGUCCACAAUGGCACCUACCUGCAAAGGGUCCUACAGAGCUGCCGGUGGCCCAUGAGCUGCCCUGGGAACAGCUACAGAACGGUGGUGAGACCGACAUACAGGGUUGUGUACAAGACAGUGACCUCUCUGGAGUGGAAGUGCUGUCCGGGUCAUUCAGGCACCAACUGUGAAGAAGAUGUCAUCAGUUCCCUGGAGCCCGGCUGGCACGGCCCCUCGUUACGACGAAUGGCCCUUCAUCCCACGGCGUCUUCAGGUUGUUUGAACUGCAGCAAGGUAGCUGAGCUGACGGAAAGGCUAAAGGUGCUGGAGGACAAGGUGUCAGUGCUGGCCCUAACCGAGCCGUCGUCGGCAUCCCUGCCCCUUGGGGCUCCGCGGGAGGCCAAAGGGAGUGGGGACCCAGCCCUGCUGUGGGGGUUGCCAGCUGCCCAGGGGAGCCCUGGAGAUGAAGGAGGCAGAGGGCCUCCAGGAGCUGGAGAGCGACGGAGGGGAACCAUGCCCACCCGGGACGGCCUAGGAGGUGUUCCUGGGCCACCAGGCCCUUCUGGCCCCAAAGGAGACACAGGGAGCCGGGGCCCAACCGGAGUGCCUGGGCUGAAGGGCCCAGCUGGGCCGCCAGGACCCCAAGGGCCACCUGGCAGCCCAGGUCAGGAUGGGGCUAAGGGAGAAAGGGGCCCCCCAGGACCUCCUGGGCCCCCAGCCCCAACUGGACCCUCCACAGCCCAGAUCUCCGAACAGGGAGAUCCACUACUCUCCAACACCUUCACUGAAACUGGGGGCCUUGGGAUCCAGGGGCCUGCGGGCCCACCAGGCCCCAUGGGGCCCCUGGGUCCCCCAGGUCCUCCAGGCCCAGUGGGCAUUCCAGGCACACCUGGCCACAAGGGUUCACCAGGCCCACCUGGAGCUGAUGGAACCAAUGGCCUGCCGGGGGAGAAGGGUGAGCGAGGCUACCAGGGGGAGCCGGGCCCCAGAGGUCUAGCAGGAGAACGGGGUGAACCAGGCCCCAAAGGUGACCCCGGAGAGAAGGGCCAUUGGAACCGGACCUUGGCUCCGGAACAGGGCCCCCCAACACUGGAGCCUCUGGCUUUCCUCGGGGCAAGCGGGCAGGAGGACCAGCCACUUACCGGAUCGUCUCCCGUCUACUGGCCCAGGGCAGUGAGGACCAGAAGGACUGAGCCUGGUCUGCUUGGGUGCCAAGCGGAGCUCGGGAUGGAACCCCUUCCCACCUUGGACUCCUUCCAGGCUCUCAUCCCACACCCUGGUCCCCAGGGAUGAGCUAUUUAUUGGAGUGAACGAGCACCGUGCCCAGGAAUGCAGAUAGCCACCUGUCCACCCUAAGUGGUAGCCGGGAGACUGUACCCGAACCAUCUCCUCCGGCCGUCGGAAGGUGGGAGGGCCCGGCUCAGAGCUGGGGGGCUGGCCUCUCCCCUCCCAUAUCCUCUGCCUAGCAGGACUGCCGGGGCCACUAAGAGAGGCUCGGCCUGGGCCCUGGGCACAGGGCCUGUGGGGAAGGGGGGGUCCAAACCCAGCCGUCACCAGCUUGUCCCCUCUGGGCCUCAGGUCCACAUCUGGACUGGGAGGGGGUCUCAAGAGCUGGAAAGGACCUUUCUGGAGCAGAUCUACACCAUGUCCCCUCAUUUCAUCUAGCCUUCCCCACUCUCCCUCUUCACUUUACAGGGGAAGAAUCUGAGGCCCAGAAGUCAGGGGAACACAGGGUCAUAGCUUUGAAGUUAGGACCCUUACAGGCUAUCUAGUCUAACCAUCCUCUAGAACAGGGAAGUGACCAGUCCAGGGUCACCCAGGCGCCAAAUCCAACGUUCCUUCCCCCACUCUGAGCUACUUCUGGGGGUUGAGGGGGACCCAGGAUUAUCGUGGGGAACAGGUGUAGACAUGCCCAAGCAGCGCCGGGUGGCACCCUCCCUUAAGCCCAGGGGUGGCCUCUGAGGUUGGCUGCCCUGGCCCAGGAAGCCCCGCAGUGAGCCUGCUGGUCUCCCCCCCCCAGCUAUCUCCCCACCUGCCAGCAUCUCCCCCCCACAGCUAGCAGGGAGCUGCCUUCAGAACAGGGCUUGGUAGCCGACCACGCAGCAGAGCUGGAAAGGCCCUUGGAGUCUGCCCGCCCCCCGUUUAUGCAGGCUAAGGCUGAGCACUGUGCCCAAAGGCACCCAGCCUUCUGGGCCUGCUUCUCCUCCCCCCAAAGGCGGUGCUGACCCCCACAUGGUACUUGCGGUGCUAUAUCCCCCCCCAAAACUGUAAGGUCAAGUACCAGCUACCCUUUGACAGAAAGGGAAGGGCAGGGCAAGGGGCCUGUGUCUGACCUAAGUUUCCUCCCCCGAGAUCAGGGAGCCCCAGGCUCCCCGACAUUGCAGCCUGUUUCUUCACGUGUUACCCCAUGUAGUCCCUGGGGUGCAGGGGCCAACAGGGGGAGAGAGGGGUGGCCUUCGUGUUUUAUACGGCAGGUAGAUGCUCAUGGCCGUUAUGAGCUGGGGUCCCGGCAAUAAAGGUCCCUCCCCCUCCGUCUGGUUCUCCUGGGGUGGACGGGGUGAGGGACAGGUUGCUGCUGGCAGGGGGCACAUGCCGUAGCUUGGGGGUGGAGGGACGGAGCAGACUGGGACCCCGGGCUCCUGGCUUCUACCCCCAUUGCCAGCACUGACCCCGAACCCCCUUUCUGGAAAGAGCUUCCUGAUGAUGGAGGCUGUCUCAAAGCGGUGCGAUGGCCUGCCUUGGUGUGCGCCAGGGGGAGCCCCACUUGGUCUGGCUGGGGUGACCUCUGAGGUCCCAGGGAAGCAAGGACUAGAGCAGCCCCUGGCAUCCCUCCCUUCCGCGGCAGUUACCCAGAGGCCCGCAUGCCUGGAUGGGUUUUCUGCUUUUGGCUCAGGUUUCUUUCUGGCCUUGGACCCUGACUCCUAGGCCUUGUUCCGCCUCGUUCUCCUGGCCUUGGCCCCCAGGGGGUCUGUCUUGUUCCCACCACCCAGCCUGGCAGAUUGUUCCUGACCAACUUUAUCUGGUUCCUCCUUAACUGAUGGGAUGCCAUGGAAAAAGGCCAGACUUGGCAUCAGAGGACCUGGGUUCAAAUCCAGGCUCUGCUACUUUCUGUCUGUGGGUUCAUGGGUGAAGGACACAGGCUCCCAGUAUCCUCUGAGGUCCCUGCACCUCUAAGUCUGUGGUCCAUCUCCAGAGCCAUAACUAAGGUGCGCACAAUGAGACUUUGCCCCAGGGUGCUGAAAU